AUGAACCCAACCAUCAAACAACACCACUUCGCAAUUCUAAUCUUCGACGGCGCCGACAUGCUCGACUUCAACGGGACCAAUGAAGAUCUUGAGUCACGCCAACAACGUCAGCCUGACUCGCACCCGCACCGUGCAAACCGGCAGCGCCACCAAACUAACCGUCGACCUCCUCAUCCCCGCCUCGUCUCUAUCCCAACCUACGACAUCCUCCUCAUCCCCGGCACCGCCCCAAGCCUAGUUCACGCCCUAGUGGAAGCGGACAAGCCCGAAAAAGAGCUAAUCCGCACCUUCGCAAGCGCCAGUAGCCCCAAACCACGCAUCCUCUUCUCAAUCUGUACAGGGUCCUUCCUCCUCGGCGCCGCAGGGAUUCUAGCCGGGACGACGGUGACGACGCACCAGCACGCGCUGGACGUUCUACGGUCAAUCUGCGCGGCUCACGGCACUGGCUUAUAUGAGAAGACGCGGGUUGUCCGCCGACGCUUCGUGGAUGGGGGCUUCGUCCGCGGGACGCGGGUGCAGGUGAUUACGGCGGGGGGAAUUAGUUCUGGCCUGGAGGCGACAUUCUACAUUAUUUGUUUGCUUUUGGGUGCUGAGCGGGCGUCGUGGGUGUCGCGGGAGAUGGAGUAUGGGUGGAAGGAGUCGGAGGAUGGGGUUUGGCCGGCGAAGUUGGUUGUUGGGGGCGGCGGUAUUGUCGGCGAGAUAGAAAGGCGUGUACCUGACCUACCGUAG